AUGACCUCCAGCUACGGGCACGUUCUGGAGCGGCAACCGGCGCUGGGCGGCCGCUUGGACAGCCCGGGCAACCUCGACACCCUGCAGGCGAAAAAGAACUUCUCCGUCAGUCACCUGCUAGACCUGGAGGAAGCCGGGGACAUGGUGGCGGCACAGGCGGACGAAAGUGUGGGCGAGGCGGGCCGGAGCCUGCUGGAGUCACCGGGACUGACCAGUGGCAGCGACACCCCUCAGCAGGACAAUGAUCAACUUAACUCAGAGGAGAAGAAGAAGAGAAAGCAACGGAGAAACAGAACAACCUUCAACAGCAGCCAGCUUCAGGCCUUGGAGCGUGUCUUCGAGCGGACACAUUACCCGGAUGCUUUUGUACGAGAAGAUCUUGCACGUCGGGUGAACCUCACUGAGGCCAGAGUGCAGGUGUGGUUUCAGAACCGAAGGGCCAAGUUCCGCCGGAACGAGAGAGCCAUGCUGGCCAAUAAAAACGCUUCCCUCCUCAAGUCCUACUCAGGAGAUGUGACCGCCGUGGAGCAGCCCAUCGUACCUCGUCCUGCUCCUAGACCCACCGAUUAUCUCUCCUGGGGGACAGCCUCUCCGUACAGCGCCAUGGCUACUUAUUCUGCCACAUGUGCCAACAAUAGCCCUGCACAGGGCAUCAACAUGGCCAACAGCAUUGCCAACCUGAGACUGAAGGCCAAGGAAUAUAGUUUACAGAGGAACCAGGUGCCAACAGUCAACUGAGGAAAAAAAUAUUAAACAGGCCUAAGAAGAAAUCAAAAACCAUAAGAAACCUAUCCUGUUCUGUCAUUUCUUCAUCCGCUGGAAAAAAAAUAAAAGCAAACAAACAAACAAAGCCAGGACUAAAAUAUUGGGACCAUGGCGGAGAAAAGCAGGAGAGAAACAAAAUGAAAAUUAGUUAACAGUGGUUCCUUCUUCUCUCGGAUACCAUCACCAUUUGCUUCUGUGUGUGUUUAUUUUGUUUUCCUUCUAUCCGUGCUUUGCUAAUUAUACUCUGGGCUUCUUCAGUUAGGCUUCUUCAGCCCACCCAUUCCUAUAAUUGUAUGAAAAUAAAAUAUUCUUCAGCAGCCAAAGAAAGACACAUAUCUAUGUAUAUGUGUGUGAAGGAUUACUUCUCAGUAACCUGUUUGACCUCAGUGCCUUACUCUGCUUCCUUCUACGUCUCUCUAGGAGACUUUGAAAACCCAAAGUAUUUCUAAAGAAUCAGUAUUGUUGUCUCAAUGUCUCUUGGUCAUGGUAAGGUUUUUCUAUCAGUUUCAGAAAAAAAGAAAUGUACACAUGUUCUUGUGUCUGACCUGUUUGAUCGGUGUGGUUAGCCAUGUCUGGUGAACGCUAAGCUCUAGAUCUAGAGCUAAUGUGUGGAUUCAAGCUCGAAGUUCUAGGUUACAGCGUCACCAUCAACACCGUCCUUCCUCUGAACAAACAAUAAACCAUCCUAAGUUAAAGAUAUUUGUUGUUUUUGAACAAUUGCUGUCACUCGCUUUUUUUUAGCUUUAG